UAUCAAAACCUCACUAAAGAUUAUAAACUUCUAGACGCAAAUCAUAAUGACCUCAUAAAAAAAUAUAAUGACCUAGUAACAAAAUAUAAACAUCUCAACGCAAAACAUAAAAAUAAUGAGGAGACAAAUUUAAAUUUAAUACAUGAUUUACAAAAAACUAACGAAGAUUUAAAAAAAGAAGUUUUCAAAUAUCAAUAUGCUUUAGGUGAUGCAACAAGUUUUCAUUUAGGUGAUCAAGACUCAGAUAAUCCUGGUCAACUUAAAAAGGAUAUUAAUGAUUUACAUAAUGAUUUAGACAAGUUUUGUGGUCUCAAAAGAGGUGCUGAUAUUAAUGAGCCAGAAGUUAUUGAACUAUCGAAAAAAUAUGGUUGUUUUAUCUUUGGUGAUAUUAAAAGCAAUAAAAACCUGAUCUCUGGUCUACUAGAACGUCAAGUGAUCGAGACUAUAAUUAAAAGAUCUAACGAAUACUUGAAUCUUCAAGAAAAUAUUAUAGAUGGCGAAAAUGGUGAUCAAAGUUUAGAAAUGAAAUUAAUUAAGACAACAGAGCAGUUGUUAAGAUUAACGGAAUCAAUUCCUGAAUAUCGAUCAGGAACUGAUGCAGUUAGCGUAGCUAUUUCGAAAAAAUUACGUCAACAAAUUUACGGCGUUCUUGGUAAUCGUGGAUUUUCUAACAUGAAAGGAGAUAAAGAACAUCCUUUAAUUGUAAAAUUAGAAUCCGAAAUUUCAGAAUUAAUGGAUAGUUAUCGAACAAUUACUAAGCCAGAAAAACUCUUAGAAUAUAAAGCUAUGAUCAAACCAAUUAUUAGACAAGUUAUCAAUAUAUUUUUAUUUAGAUUAAAAGUCCAAGAACCUGUUGCCGAUUGGAAAUUUUUUGAUAACAUGUCACCUAUUAGCACCAUUAUGAUGGAAGCAUCUAUAGACAGUGGUGAUCUAGAAGAGAUAUGUGUUGAUGUUUGUGCAUUUCCAGUAAUUGGUUCUAAUCUUUGUGAAGCCAAUGAAGAAAAUAUAAAUAUGAAAGUAAUCUUUCCUGCACGCAUUAUUCCUACUAAAGCUAUACCGAUUACCAGAAAUGAUGGGAUAUCGAAUAAUCUAGAUAGGAGAAUAGUAGAAGAUGUUAAAUAUCGAAAAAGUGAAAUACAAAAUAAUAUAAACCAAACCUCGGGAUUAAAUUUUACUGAAAAUCAUGAUAGAAGAAUGGAUAAUAUCAAGCAACACGAACAAGUAAACCAAACGAGAUAUUCUAAAAACCAAAUCUCAGGAUUAAAUGUUACUGAAAAUCAUGAUAGAAGAAUGGAUAAUAUCAAGCAACACGAACAAGUAAACCAAACCUCAGGAUUAAAUGUUACUGAAAAUCAUGACAGAAGAAUGGAUAAUAUCAAGCAACACGAACAAAUAAACCAAACCUCAGGAUUAAAU